AUGCUUUAUUCAGACGAAUUGGGAGUUCCCAAAACUGACCGCACUCUUUGGAGACUCCGAGUCGAUGAAUUAGGCAGUGAAAAAUGGGAAUACUUGACUGAAGAAGCUGCAAAGCACGAUGCACAGUCAUCGUACGCAAGUUAUUUGUUGGGAAGCCCAGGAUUUCAGAGGCCCGAAGCCUUGGGAAAUGGGGACGAAAAAAGUGCUUUUGAAGCUGCUUUACAAGGUGCUCGCUUUUUUUCUCUACUGCAAGACCCAGAAUCAGGUAUAUUCCCAUGCCAGUAUAAAGGACCGAUGUUUUUGACGGUGGGUUACGUGGGAACUAUGUACUGCGCUGCAAUUCCGAUCCCAGAACCGGUGAGAAUCGAAUUGUUGCGAUACCUGGUCAAUACGGCACAUCCCGUCGACGGUGGGUGGGGACUUCACGAAACUGACAAAUCUACCGCUUUUGGAACAGCCAUAAACUAUGUGGUUGUGAGACUUUUGGGUCUUCCAGCUGACCAUAUAGUGUGCAAAAGAGCCCGGAAAACCCUUCACACACUGGGCGGCGCAAUUGGUGCUCCGCACUGGGGUAAAUCAUGGCUCUCGAUACUAAAUCUUUAUAAGUGGGAAGGCGUCAAUCCUGUGCCACCUGAGCUCUGGCUACUGCCGUAUGCACUUCCAAUUCACCCUGGUAAAUGGUGGGUUCAUACAAGAGCUGUGUUCUUGGCGCUCGGAUAUCUAGCGUCGGUAGAGUACUCAUGUGCGGUGACACCGCUCCUAGAAGAAAUACGAGAUGAAAUUUACAUCCAGAAAUUCGACUCAAUUGAUUUUAGCAAACAUCGCAACACUGUUUGCAAUGUGGAUCUGUACUACCCCCACACAAAAUUUCUGGACCUGGCAAACAACGUCCUGACGUUUUAUGGAAAACACCUGAGGCCCGGUUUUGUUGCUAAAUACAGCAAUAGGAGGGCGUAUGAUCUCAUUAAGAAGGAAAUCCAGAAUACCGAUUACUUGUGUAUCGCACCAGUGAACAUGGCACUUUGUGCUGUUGUCACCUUGAUAGAAGAAGGACGCGAUUCACCCGAGUUUGGCCGCUUUCUAGAAGGCUUCAAUGAAGUAUUAUUCAUGGGUCCUACUGGUCUCACAGUGAUGGGCACGAAUGGAGCACAAACGUGGGACUGUGCUUUCGCAAUUCAAUACUACUUUAUGGCCGGGCUGGCAGAGAGACCUGAGUUUCAUUCGACCAUUGAAAAUGCCUACAAAUUUCUCUGUAGAACACAAUUUGACACAGAAUGUGUCCCAGGAAGCUACCGAGACAAAAGGAUCGGAGGAUGGCCCUUCUCAACGAAAACUCAGGGUUACACAGUGUCUGAUUGCACCGCUGAAGCGCUCAAAGCCAUCAUCAUGGUGAAGAACUCCCCUGCAUUCCAGAGUAUAAGGAACGAGAUAUCAGAUGAGCGACUAUCAAAGGCAAUUGACGUCCUCUUAGGACUGCAGAAUACUGGGUCAUUUGAGUAUGGCUCCUUCGCAACCUACGAAAAGAUAAGAGCGACCACGGCACUAGAAAAGUUGAACCCUGCCGAGGUCUUCGGUAACAUUAUGGUAGAGUUCCCUUACGUGGAGUGCACGGACUCUUCCAUUUUGGGUUUGACCUACUUCACGAAGUUCUACACCUAUCGCAAGAAAGAGAUAGAAAAAGCCAUCGACAUUGCUAUAAGAUACUUGAAGAAGGCACAGUGGGAAGAUGGGAGCUGGUACGGAUGCUGGGGAAUCUGCUUCACGUACGCAGGCAUGUUUGCACUAGAGGCUUUCAGUACUGUUGGAGAAUUUUACAGCAACUCUGUCCAUGCAAAGAAAGCAUGCGACUUUCUAGUUUCUAAGCAACGAGCAGACGGUGGCUGGAGCGAAUCUAUGAAAUCGAGCGAAUUGCAUUACUACGUGGAAGCCGAGACAUCAUUAGUUGUUCAAACAGCAUGGGCUAUCAUAGGUUUAUUGCUUGCGGAAUUUCCGGACAAGCCAGUUAUUGACCGAGGCAUUCAAUUUCUGAAAGGUAAGCAAUCUGCAACUGGUGAAUGGUUUUACCAGGCCCCAGAAGGUGUCUUCAACCAUUCAUGUGCUAUCGAAUAUGCCAGCUAUAAAUUUUUAUUUCCAAUAAAGGCGCUGGGGUUAUAUGCCAAAAGGUAUGAAGUAAAAGAGUAG